AUGACUUUCAGUAAGUCGUCAACUAGAAAGAAAUUUCCAUAAAAAACAUUUUCACAGUCAGUCAGUCAUAUAUUUAAAUUCGGCCGCGAAAAAAAAAACAACAAAAAACUCCUCUUGGUUGAAAAAGGAUUAAUGUUCGUGUGUGUGUGUGCGUAUAUGAUUUAUUGAAUGAAAAAAUGAGAAAAUUGUUGGAAAAGGGGGAUAUGGACAGAAAUAGAAUAGUGCACAAAAAUUUUAGGAAACUAACAAAAAAUGAAGAAGAAAAAAACGUUCCCACCGAACUGUGUGCCUCGUUUUCUUCUUCCCUCUCACCUAUAUAUUGACGGUGUGUCUAAAAAAUCGAUAAUCGCCUUGUUGUAUGUGUAUGAGUGUGCGUAUGUGAAUGAAUGAAUGAAUGUGCGUACUGUGGAAAAAGAGAAGGGGGUACCUUUGGUGGUUGGUGAGGGAGACAAAAACAAAUACGACCUUUUUGUUUGUUACUCUCUUCCUCUUCUCUUUUUACUAGAAUGGCCACGGUGGUGAAUAUAGUAAUUACUUCGAUAUAUGUUGUUUUGGAGAAAUUGUAGUAAUGAGGGAAAACUAUGUGCAAGGUCACUGGUUAUCAAGAUUUUUUUAUGAUUCCAAACAAAAGAUUGGAAGAAGAAAAUAAAUGUUUUUUCAAGAGUAACUAUUAGAUAUUUCUGAAUCUGACAAGUACAAGUGGUGAGAAAACUAUUGAAAUUCAAUACUGAAAGAAUAUAUAUAUAUAUAUUUUUCUAUAGAACUAACACAAAAAAUAUAUAGAAAACGAAAAACUUCUCAACCCCAAUUAAUUGCCGCGCAACUUGUCAUUCCCAUUCAAUCACCAUUUACCUACUUAUUCAUGUUAAAAGAGAGUGGUUUUGAUUUUUUUCGACAAUCACAAAAACAGAGAAAAAGUGAAAUCAGAGAUCAGUUCAUUUCAAAAUAGAUAACAGACAAAAUGGAAGGCAGAUAAAGUUCAUUUGUUUUUCUGAUCGGUGAGUUUUUCUUAUAUUUCUGAAUAUUUUAUUUUUAAAACUUGCAAUUUUCAAAGAAAAACUUGAGAAAAAAAUGAGAGAGCGCGAAAAAAGAAACCAAAAAAGCGUUCUCCGUGCGAACUACAAAUGUUUUCGGUGGAGCGCGUUUGCUCGACUCGCAAGGAUUUGUAGUUCUCUCGGAUAAUAAUUUAUUUCCAAAAAAAUUUUUUUGCACUUUCGCGCAAUAAUCAUGUCGGAUAAUUUGAGGUUGGCGGCAACUGGAACAAAAAACGAAGAAGACUGUCAGUCUUGUAGGAUUAUAGGAACCGCCAGGUUUGAUCAACUUUCCAAAGUUUCUUUCAAAAAACAGAAGUUUUCAGUCUUUUUGCGAUUGGAUGUUAUAUUAUCUACUCUACAAGGCCUGUAGGAUAUUAUAAAACAAGACCAAUUAUUAGACAAAUUAUUCGAUCAGUAUCGAUUCUCCCAUUAUACGCAUCAAUCGCUAGAUUUUCUUAUCUUCCGCCGUUCUCAGAACUCAAAUCAACCACAAAAUAAAAUGAGUGACGUAAGAAUUUAUUUGAAAAAAAAGUUUUAGAAAUAAAAAAACCAUAUUCAGAUCUCAAUAAUCAUUGUUAUGGGUGUAUCCGGAUGCGGGAAAAGUACUGUAGGUCAAGCACUCGCCGACGAACUUGGUUGGUUGUUCAAAGAUGGCGAUAGUUUUCAUCCAAAAGAGAAUAUUGAAAAAAUGACGAAUGGUUAGUUGACAGCGAAAUUAUCUGUGAAAUUUUAAUUGAUUCUCUAUUUUUUGUUGCGUUUAGGUAUUCCAUUAACUGAUGUUGAUCGUAUUCCUUGGCUCGAAACUAUCAAUUCUUUUGCGCAAUCCAAUCCAAAAUCGGUGAUUGCUUGCUCGGCUCUCAAAUCUUCAUAUCGAAAAAUUUUAUCGAAGGGCAAUUUGUUGACGAAAUUUGUUCUCCUUCAAUUGGAUAGGCAAGUUCAUCCUCUUUUUCGGCUUUUUUGGCAACAACUCUUUUUCUCAUCACUUCCGUUUGAAUUUCCGUUUUAGACGGGCUGACGGACGAGCAAACCGAUUCAAAAUUCUUUUCUUAUUUUAUUUUAUUCUCUUCACUUUUCUAUGCUAUCUUUUUGUUGAGGGAUUUCACACAUUUUUUAUUAUCCUCCUCUUAUUUUUUUCCAGGGAUGUACUAAUCAAUCGUGUUUCUCAUAGACCUGGUCAUUUUAUGUCACCAAAACUUCUCGAUAGUCAAUUGAACACUCUAGAAAUGCCAAACGAUGAGGAGAAAAACCAAAUUUUGGUUGUAAAUGCGAAUAGUUUUGAUGUAAAUCAUGUUGUUCAACAAGUUCGUGAUGCCUUUUGUCAAUAA